UGCUCGGUCCAGAGGUCGGUUAUUCUCCUGUAAGGACAAACAACCCAAAUAUCACAGCAAUGUUUGCGUGCCGACAUGCCUUUGGUGGGUAAGAAUAGACUCACAAUGAAGCCUCACAUCUCUCGUCUUCUGUUGUCUGAGAACAGUUGUUGUUGUCAGGACACUAGCAGAGGUAAGACAGGAGACAGGGAUGGUAACUACAAGCUAAUUUGGAUCAUCCCAGGUCGGCCCAAGAAGACCACCUAUCUGGAUUUUGACAGGGGUUACGUUUUAAUGCCCAGUAGGACUAAGUUUAAUGCAGACUGUAAACUCUUUAUUUUAUGUGGAAUUAAGUGGACUGUGUGUAGACCAGUGUGAUAUCCAGUGUGGUUUUGUAUGGGUUUGGAGGCCUCAAUCUGCUGACAUGGGGAAACAGACUGCAUCACAAAUGAUCUUCAUGACACUGAACAACAACAUCACCCUCAUAGGGAAAGCCUGGCUGAUCCUGGUGGUGUUCCUGAGGAUCGUGAUCUUGUUGUUUGCUGGAUAUCCCCUUUACCAGGAUGAGCAGGAGAGAUUUGUGUGUAACACCAUUCAACCCGGUUGUGCCAAUGUGUGCUAUGACAUGUUUGCUCCUAUUUCCCUUUUCCGCUUUUGGCUGGUAGAGCUAACCACCCUGUGUCUUCCCUAUGUGAUGUUUGUCGUCUACGUAAUCCACAAAGUCAAUUCCGGGCUGGCUGUUGAUAGCGGGACCUCCGAAUCCAUAAAAGCAGAUUCGCUCUACAAGAUGCACCAAGAAUCGUUCAGGAAAGCAUCACUUUGCAAGACCGUCGUAAAGGCAGAAAAGGGUCACGUUGAGCAUUUCACAGGAGCUUACAUCCUGCAGCUCUUGAUUCGGAUGUUUGUAGAAGCUGGAUUCGGAGCUGCCCACUACUACCUGUUUGGCUUUCACGUCCCCAAACGCUUCAUGUGCCAGCAGACGCCCUGCACAAUCAUGGUGGACUGUUACAUCUCCAGACCAACUGAGAAGACCAUCAUGCUGAACUUCAUGUUGGGGGCGGCCGCUCUGUCUCUACUGCUAAACGCGUGCGACCUGAUCUGUGCCUGCAAGCGCUCUGUAAGGCAAAAAAGCAAAAGAAAGAAUAUGCUGGUGGAGAAGAUGUACGCGGAGGAACAGUAUUACCUGGGGAGUGGGAGUCAAGCAGUGGACACCAACAUCUCACCGGCCAAAGACACAGGAAAGUUCAAAAAAAGAGGGACCAGAGACUCAAGUGAGGAUGAAGCUGCUUCCAUCCUUCUGGAUGAUGAUCCUCCACCAGCAUCACCUUUUGGAGGAAUACCGACGAUUAAGGAAAUGCCCGCCAUCACCAACAAUGACGAUAGUAGCAUUUACCAACCCAACCAAGAAGAAGGGAUGAUGCGAGGGACAAGUGAAGUGGCGCUUUGUCCUACUGAGCCUUUGGGGACUCCAAGAUCCAUUCGAGUUAGCAAACGUGGUCGUCUCAAGCCUCCUCCACCACCACGAAGGGACAAACCAGCCUCUCAAGGAGCGAUUGAUGUCUCGGGAACUACGGCAGUAUGUGCUAGGAGACUGGGGCAAUAUACGCUUGUAGAGAUGACCACCGGUAAUGAAAUACCAACUUGCGUUGGAGACGGCCAAGAGAAACGGUCAGAGUGGGUGUGACUGUCUCACCAGAAUAUCGCCAAUAUGAAAUAAUCUACAUCAUAAGCUUUAAAGUGCAUGUAAGUUGGAGUGGUCAAAUGAGAGACAACAUACGGCCUUCAACAUCCACCUGUCGCUCAUGUUUGUGUAAGCUCAUGCACAUUCUUUCACCGGGCAGACAGUCCUUGACCAACCUUGCCUUCAACAAGCACGAAAGAUGGAGAGCCAAUCUAAAAACAAGUCUGUUGUAACCACACAAGAUCCUUGAUGUUGAAUAGAUAAGACAAACAUUUUGCCUAAUCUUGGGCAGGCACCAAACCGAAAUGGGAAUCUGGUUAAACAGGCCCACUCCCUGAGGGUACGAUGGUAAUUACUGCCUUAAAGGGCCUCCAAAUCCUCUAGCUGUAGAGCUGGUUAAGUUUCAGACAAUCGUGCAGCGCAUUAUGAAGCAAUUACUGCUCGGGCUGUUUUGUAUUUAUGGUGGCGGCUUGUAACACUAUUUCAAGGACCCACUGGGCUUUGGUUUGGAGGUUUACAGCAAACACUUAAAAUAGAGCCCCGAGUGUAACACGAGAGCGAGGCCACACUCGCCUUUUAGACUCUCAAAAGCUAGCCGCGGUAUGUAAACGUUCGGACGUGUUAGCUUUGGACAGUCACCUGGACUGCAGUCCUCCUGUCUUCACAAUGUCAGUCAUGUGUCAUAUUAGACACACACCAACACCAGAGACUGUCUUUUUAUGUCACUACCAUAUAGAUGAAUUAAUUUUGGUCUUCUCUUUUGCCACGAGAUGUGUACUUAAAUUGAUUUAAAUUAUUUUAUGUCAGUGUUUCCUAGUUGUUUUGAAUGGCCUGAACAAAUGGCACCCCUUCUGAAAUUGGUGGGGGGAAGGUUAGACACAUUGUCUUUCAAAUUAUUAGCACAGUUUAACUUCUGUCAGUCAUGCUGUGACUGUUAUUGUAGUGGAUUCUUUUGGACAGACCGGCAACAAAGACAAUUUUGCCAGGAAAUGUUUAGGAGCCACACGAGAGAUUUAUUUGCUGAAUUGUACCCUUCUCUUCUGACUAUAAAACUCUUUAGAUUAUUAAAGUAAAUGUCACAUAAUAUUUGGCCAUUCUUUAAAUAGAUAUAUACUAAUAUAAUAUAUACCAACAUAAAACAGAACGUGAUGUUCAGUCACAUCCAUGUAAAACUCAAUCAAUGUCACUGAUAUAUCACACUGCCCUCUGGUGGAUUGAAAUGCAUCCAAUUCAAGUGCUCCAGAAUAUGUUGUAAAAAAAGCACCGCAUUUUGGUCAAAUCAACAUGUUACUUUAACUUAUAAAAAACAAG